AUGGAUCUAGUGAAGUACGGGCGUUUUGCCUUUGUGUGGGAUGCGGCGGUGCUGGAGUAUACGGCCAUCAACGAUGAGGACUGCUCGUUCUACACUGUGGGGAGCAACGCACCAGAUCGGGGCUACGGCUUCGCCAUGCAGCACGGCAGUCCAUACAGGGACAUCUUCUCCCAGAGGAUCCUGGAGCUGCAGCAGAACGGGGACAUGGACAUCCUGAAACUGAAAUGGUGGCCCCGGGACAGCCCAUGUGACCUGUACUCAGCGGUGCACACCAAACACCGCGGCAGCGCCCUGGACAUCCACAGCUUCGCCGGCGUGUUCUGCGUGCUUGCGGCCGGCGUGGUGCUCUCCUGUCUCAUCGCCAUGGUGGAGACCUGGUGGACUAGGAGGAAGGGCUCACGAGUCCCCUCCAAGGAGGACGAUAAGGAGAUCGACCUGGAGCACCUUCACCGCCGGGUUAACAGCCUGUGCACGGAGGACGACAGUCCCCACAAGCAGUUCUCCACCUCCUCUAUUGACCUGACGCCCCUUGACAUGGAUUCUAUGCCGGCCGCCCGGCAGGCCCUGGAGCAGAUCAGCGACUUCCGUAACACGCACAUCACAACCACCACUUUCAUCCCAGAGCAGAUCCAGACCCUCAGCCGCAGCCUGUCCACCAAGGCCCAACAGGGCUUCGCCUUCGGUCCCGUGCAGGACCACCGGACUGGGGGGACCUUCAGACAGAGAGCCCCCAACGGUGGCUUCUUCCGCAGCCCCAUCAAGACUAUGUCCUCCAUACCCUACCAGCCUACUCCCCAGCCCAACUUCAGCUACGGCAACGAUCCCGAUCGGGGUACGUCCAUAUGAGGCGAGGAGGAGUAGGCCACACAGUGAGAGAGAUGUAAACAAACUCACUCACAAAGCUCUGUGUACAUAGGAAUCUUUUUCAGUUCUGUUUUUUUUUGGGGGGGUUG